UCGGCGGUGGAAAGGUGUUAGUGAUCGGAGGGAAGACAGUGGUUAACAGGACCUCGGAAGUGAAUUUGACUUGUUAUUAUUGGUGUGCUGCGCCGCGCUGUGGUGGAAUUUGUUUGAAAUUGCAGUAACGGAGGAGAAGAGAAGAGCGUUUACAAGUACAGGCGGGGAUGAGUUCGGUGGCGGCGCCCUUCGGGGCCUCCACCGCCCUGACCGACCUCGACAGCAUCACCGAUGAAGAACGUCUCAGAGUCAUGUGGCAACAGGCCGAAGACUUCGGUGACCGUCGGCGGAUCAGGGCGAGGAUGUACAAGCUCCGGGAGCAGCGGCUGCGCGAGAUGGUGCAGAACGACGAGGAGAGUCUGGGCACGCUGUCCACGGCCGACGACGGCACCGUGACGGAACGCACCGAGACCACCAUCACCGUCGGCAGUGACGGAGAAGGGAUGACUACGACGACUACGCGACGCUCCUCCAACAUCGAGGUGAAGAUGCAUGUGGAUGGAGACUCGGCAGUAACAGAUUCCAUUUCAACACAGAAUGUUCGUCUCGGUGGACUCACGAUGCGCGGAAUGGACUCCAUGACCCUUGAGGGACACUCGGCAGAGGACAUGAUCAAGGAACGCAUGCGCAAAGGAAGCCAGGACCGAUCGACGAGGUACCAGAGGAUCCUUGGAGAGCUGUCGGACGAUGCCAACAAUGAAGGCGAUGCUGUCGUCUCCAUUACCAAGUCUACAUAUUCCAUUCAGUCCAAUGCCCUGGCUGGUGAAGGAUACCUUUCCAUGAAGAACAAGGAAGUGAGAGACUCCGUUUCCCCGACACGCAUCAUGAGAGAACGCAGAUCCUCUGCUGAGGAGGAUGUGUCGGCCAAUGAAGGACGCUUGACAUCCGAUGAUGAAGGAGUAUUGAGGACUGAGAGUGAGAGCAGGACCCUGAGGACAACAGAGACAAGGACGACUUCUUCAUCCCGCAAGUCGUCACGAGAUGAACGGUCCUCCAGCAAGACCUCAAGAACAAGCAAAUCAGAGAUCCCCGUUCGUAGCUCGACUGCCCGGAAAAUCUCAGACAGGAAACCAUCAAAGGAACUUGACAUCAAUGCGGCUCGUCGUAAUGCUGGAGAUAAGGCCUCACCUUCAUCUCCUACGAAGCGAACUCCGGGCGACAGUUCAUCCAGAAUUCAAAUGACAAGAAAGACAGGAGCUCAGAAGGAGGCCCCAGUCACCACAACCAAAACUACAGUAAAGACAACAAAGUCUGGCAUCCCGUCCAGGAAGUCAAAACUAGCAGAGGUUGAAGCAAAGAUGGAAACCUCCAUCAUGUCUGAGUUAGACAAAUUAGACACAUAUCUUAGUGCAAGUGUUGAUGAUGAUGAUGAAAUUAUCAUGGAGGAAGAAGAGGAAUGUCUUGACGAAUCUGGCAAUGUUGUAAAGAUGUUGGUUCAGACAAGAAGGAAGAAGGAUGGGACUGAAUGCACUGCAAGGCGUGUGGCAAGAUCAACCAAAGUUGUUAAUAGUGAAAGUGAGAUUGAUGAGAUUCUCAUUGGAAACCCAGACCAUGAAGUGGUAGAAAGAGAUGUCACUGAGGAAGAGGACAAAGACGGCAACAAAAUCAAAAUUAUUACUGAGACAAGGCGUAGACCUGACGGAAUUGUAUAUACUACUAAGAAUGUGCUGAAGACAUCAAAGAUCUUCGACUAUGACCACCCAGAGGACGUCGCCUACAAUGAGGACGACGAAUUGAUUUCUACUGACAAAACUGAAGAAACAGAUGAAAAUGGCAUCACCAUUCAGACUGUUACUGAAACAAGGCGAAAGCCCAGUGGAGUUGAGUACACCACUAAGAAGGUAUACAAGACUUCUAAGGUAAAGAGCACACAAAUAACACCUUCUGAUGAUGAUGAAGUGAUUGAUACACAGGAGACAGAGGAAAAGAGUGAAGAUGGCUCUAUUAUUCGCACUGUUAUUGAGACUAGACGCACCAAGGGAGGAGAAGAAUAUACCCACAGGCAAGUGUUCAGGUCCCGUAGGAUGACUCUGUCAGGUGUGGACCUACAGAAGGGUCUCCCAACAAUCCAAAAUGAUGAUGAAGUCUUGAAUAAGGAGGAGAAGGAGGAGACAGAUGACAGUGGCAUGAAGAUUAGGGUUGUCACAGAAACUCGAAAGAGGAAAGAUGGAUCAACAUAUUCAUUUGAAUAUGUACUGCGUAGCUUCCAGGGCACAGAAGAGGAUGUAAAGAGAAUGCCAGUGGGAAGCGCUUGUUCUUCUAAUAUCGCUGUUAGUGCUGAGGAUGAGCUGAUAAACGAGGAAGUAAAGGAAGAGGUUCAGUCUGAUGGAUCAACAGUCAAAACCAUCAUCGAGCGACGCCGCACAAAGGACGGCACCGAAUAUCUCCGUCACCGAAUCAUGAGGAUUCCCAAAAUGCCUGAGCCAGUGCUGCAAGUGGCCAACUUGGAAGAUGAAGUCUUGCAAGAAGAGGUCAAUGAGGAAACAUUGAGUGAUGGCACUCACUACAAGGCAGUGACCGAGCGUCGCCGAAGCAGUGUGUCUGGUACCCAGUACACACUUCGAAGGAUGUCAAAGGUGUAUCAGCAGGCAAGCAUCCACCCUAAGACUUCUGAAGAUGAGAUCCUCGAUGAGAAUGUAACUGAAGAAGAAACAGAUGAAGUGUGGACCUACAGAAGGGAGGAGAAGGAGGAGACAGAUGACAGUGGCAUGAAGAUUAGGGUUGUCACAGAAACUCGAAAGAGGAAAGAUGGAUCAACAUAUUCAUUUGAAUAUGUACUGCGUAGCUUCCAGGGCACAGAAGAGGAUGUAAAGAGAAUGCCAGUGGGAAGCGCUUGUUCUUCUAAUAUCGCUGUUAGUGCUGAGGAUGAGCUGAUAAACGAGGAAGUAAAGGAAGAGGUUCAGUCUGAUGGAUCAACAGUCAAAACCAUCAUCGAGCGACGCCGCACAAAGGACGGCACCGAAUAUCUCCGUCACCGAAUCAUGAGGAUUCCCAAAAUGCCUGAGCCAGUGCUGCAAGUGGCCAACUUGGAAGAUGAAGUCUUGCAAGAAGAGGUCAAUGAGGAAACAUUGAGUGAUGGCACUCACUACAAGGCAGUGACCGAGCGUCGCCGAAGCAGUGUGUCUGGUACCCAGUACACACUUCGAAGGAUGUCAAAGGUGUAUCAGCAGGCAAGCAUCCACCCUAAGACUUCUGAAGAUGAGAUCCUCGAUGAGAAUGUAACUGAAGAAGAAACAGAUGAAGGUACUAUUAUCAAGACAGUGAUACAAAGGUAUCAAAGACCAGAUGGCUCUGUUUACACAACACACAACAUUCAAAAGAUGUUUAGCUCACCAGCACCUGUCACAUUUAUGAGGAGUACUAUUAUCAAGACAGUGAUACAAAGGUAUCAAAGACCAGAUGGCUCUGUUUACACAACACACAACAUUCAAAAGAUGUUUAGCUCACCAGCACCUGUCACAUUUGUGGGAACUGAAGAGGAUGAGCUGAUUGACCAGACAGUAGAUGAGGAAGAAACAGAAGAUGGUUACAUCAUCAAGACUGUGACCGAAACCCGAGAGAGGUCAGAUGGUGUGAGGUACACAGUAGAACGAACAGAGAAGACAUCAAAACAUGGAUCUCAAGUUCACAUUUCAUUCUCUGAAAAUCGCCAUCAGCGGCCUGAGGAAGUCGUCCAAGUCAGCAGUCCAGAUGACACCCUUGUGAGUUCUGAGGAAGAACAGCACGAGGAGGAAGAUGGCACUAUUAUCAAGACCAUCACCGAAAUUAGGCGUCGUGUUGAUGGAACAGAGUACACCUCCAAGACCAUCUUAAGGUCCACACCUGUCCUUGUGCCAGAACGUGAAACCAGCUAUGUAGUUAUUAGGCCUGAAGAUGGUGAUGAUGAGUCGGAAUUGUUCCCAUCACUUGAUGACGAGGUGGUUUACACUAGAAAGAAGCAAGAAACUGAUGAAUACGGCAAUGCCAUUACUGUCAUCAUUGAAACCCGUCAGAGCAAAACAACUGGUGAGAAGUAUAACAUUACAAAGAGGGUUCACACAAAGGAUGUCAUCAUGACUGAUGAAGGUGAAAGGGAAAUUCCUAAGCCAGUUAAGAAAUCAACUUUGGAGGCAAGAAUUUCGCCAGAUAAGAAAAGACCUUCAGGUGAUGCACCUGACGAAGAACCAGACAAUGUUCCUUAUGGAUCGGUUUCUGCUCUGAAGAACAGAUUUACUCCUGGCAAGAAAUCAGAACCAACAACAAAGUCUAACAAGCCUGAUCGGGUAAAUACAUCAAGCAAAAAGAAAUUCUUUGAAGAAGCAGCAAAGACUGCAAGUUCUGAGAUCACAAGUCUGAAGUCCUCCUUGAGGAAAACAGAACCCAGAGAUAAGCCAAAGGACACUGAUGUAGAUGCAAAACGUGACCUGCUACCUUCCUUCACAGAUGACAAAGCAUCAGUGGAGGUGAAAUUGCGAGUUGAAAGGGAUGAAGCAACUGUUGAAAAGGUUACCAUGCAGAAUGUUACUAGUGAAGUCACAGAGGAAACUGAUGUCACAGAUGCACGAGAGACAGACAUCAAAGACUUGGAUACUGAGAUUGCCAGGUUGGAAGAGGAAGAAAACGAAAGGUAUGGACAAGAUGAUGAGCCUGAACCUGAAACAGAUGAACCUGAUGAUGAAUUAGGGGAUGACAAGGAGCCGGAAGAGGAGAUGUCCUCACCCACAGAAGAUGAGCCUCAGGAGCCUUCCAGAAGGAGACCAGACACAACAAAGAAGGCACCUGUCACUUCAAGGACUACCAGGAGGAAGCCAGAAGAUGAACCAAAGAAGAGGCGUGAAGUAAGCCCAAGGAAGAAGCCAGAGGCUGAUGAGCCUUCACGGCGAGUCCCUCUUGGAUCUAGGAAAGCCCCAGCCAAGGAUGACUCUCCUACACGCCGGGUACCAUCACAGAGAGAUCCUGUUGCUCCUAAGGACACCAACAAGCGUGCUCCUAAGACAACUACAUCCCCACAGCGUGUCCCCAGCUCCCCAGCUCGUGGGCGAUCACCCAUCAGAUCUGGCGUGUCAACUCCACGUGAGGUGACACCAACAGGUAGACAGUGCUGCAAACGGCAUAGGGAAGCAAAUGAAUCAGAGCCUGAGAGCCCAACCAGGACCCAAAAGCCAGAGCAAACCAGUCCUACUCGAUCAAAGAAGCCUGAGCCCAGCAGCCCAACCAGAAGGUCAGCUCGGUCACCACCUCUCAAGAAACCCCUCUCCCCUGAGAGUAAGCCGAAGAUGAAUGGUGAUGUUCGUCGUCCUGAGCCCAGAACAAAUGGAGAUAUUGGAAGGAAACCAGACGACAAGACUCCAAGGUCAAGGAGACCAGGUGAAAAACCCAGUGAACCUGAUAGAACAACUGCACGACCAACAAGGCCAUCCCAGUCGCCCAGGAAGUCACCAACAACAAGGUCACCCGACAAACGGGAGCCAACUAGGUCUGUUCCUUCAAGAACAACUGAUAAGAAAACUCCUGCUACCAAGCCAUCUGACAGGACACCCAAGGGUCGAUCCACAGAGCCAGACUCUAAAACUAAACCAAAAUCUGGUGCCAAAGAACCAGUCGUUACCCUUCCUGAAACUCCCAUGACAGAAGAUAUGAGGCCUCUUCCAUCUGACGAGGAGUACAGUCCCAGGAUAGAGGAUGUAUCUGGUGAGCCAGAUCUGCCUUACCACACUGUCCACAGGCCCUCCAUUGUCCGUGAGCCAUCAGAGUACCCCUCUGACGGUCAGGAGGCUUCUGACUCCUCGCCAGAGGACAAACCAGAGGAGCCCUCUGAAGAGGAAGAGCCUCAAGAUAAGAGACUCACAGACAGGAAAAAGCCUGUUGAUGAUGAGCCAAAGGAUGACACUAUCAAGCCUAGAAGAACAAGGCCUUUAGAGAGCAGGCCAAGUGACAAGAAUAUCACAAAGGAGCCUGAAACAUCCAGAAAGAAGGCACCUGACACCAAGCAGUCUCCUAGAGAUAAGCCAUGGUUGACAGAUAGGAAGAGUAUAUUUGAAAAGAAGCCAAGUGAUACUAAACUUACUCCAUCUAAACCUGAUGAAGAUAAGAAAACACCAGAUAGGAGGAGACCAUUUGAAAGAAAACCUAGUGAUGAGAAGAUGAAGAAACCCAAAGAAACUGAAAAGCCAAGAGAUGAACCAUCAGCAGAAGAUACAUCUCCAAGUGAAGAUGAGAACAGAGAGAAUGGAAUGCCUGAGGAAGCUCCAAAAUAUGUCACUCCUAAAGAAAAAUCUCCAGAGCCAGAACGACUGCGAAAGAGACCAGAAGAAGUCACCUCCAGAAUCAUUGAGGACGUUGAAAAAUCAGUGUCCUCUCAGAUUAUCUCAGAAAAGAAGAUCACAACAACAGAUGUUGCAGCAAGGAGAUCUGCCUUUGACCGUAAGACUCCUGUUGACAAGAAGAAGGAUACUCCUACAAGGAAGCCAUCCUAUGAAAUUAAGGAAUCUGUCUUUGCAAAGAGGUCACUCUUUGAACAACCUAAGCAGGAUCCAGUCCCAUCACCCAUUAAGCGUCCUACACUGAAGUCCACCAUUAAGAAGGAUGAUAAGCCUAAGGAGCCAGAAGUUCGCAAGCCUUUGAAGGAAACGAAGGAGCCAGAGGAUCGUAAACCUGUCAAGGAGCCGAAGAUUGUCCCUAAGUAUUUCCAUCCACUUGGUGAUGGUGAUGAGGAAGAACCAGUCGAAAAGACUGUCAAGGAAGAAGUGAAUGAGGACAUUAAGAUUACAUCCAGUAAGCUGGUGAUGAGUGCCAUGGCAUCUACCAAUCAGACCACCACAAAGGAGGUGAGAAAAACAACUAGAAGAUCUGAAGAACCCUCGGAUGAUAAUGACGACAGACCCGAAGAUGAGCGCCCGAACAGAAGAGAACCCUUCAGCAGGGAAGGCUCUCCAGCUGUGCACAGCAAGGAGGCUUCCCCUGCCCCACGUAGCAAGGAGGGCUCGCCCGCUCCCUUCAGCAAGGAAGGAUCUCCAACUCGCUUCGUCACAGGAAAGCCAGUGGACAGCGGUAUUAAUCCAAACAAGAUUCGCCGCAUUGAGCGAGCCGGCAGUAACAAGAAGUUCUUUGAGGACUUGGAGGUCUCACGAGAGAACCUACCAGAGUAUCUCAAGACCAUUGAAACCAUAUAUGAUAUUACAAUUCUUGAAAGCAUGUUAGAAAAAGCAGAGACCUAUGAAGAGCGGCGCCUCAUCCGAGGACAAAUGAGACUGGCCAAGCGUCCCUCCACCACUCCGGGCACCACGUCAUCGCCUGCCACCUACAAGCGCUUUGUAGACAUGACACCUUCGAAACCUUCACCCACCGCUUCACCGCAGCCAACGCGACGUGUCGACAAGAAGCCAGAAGAGCCCAGAAAGGAACCCAAAUCCGAUGAUAAGAAGCGCAAACCCAUCUCCAAAUCGGAGGAACCCCGUUCCUCCCCCACGACGCAGGAGGCCGGAGACACUCCGUCUACCCGCCGACCUGCCUCCAGCCGACCCGACCCGCGGGAUCGCCAGCCCGAAGACGAACCCGACAGGGAACCACGCGCAGAACCGACCCCGGAGCCCACCAGGGAACCCGAGGACCGAAGGAGGUCUCCAAAGAAGGACGCAGACGAAGAGCCCAGGAGAUUCCAGGAACCCAAGAAGGAGGAGGAGCCCAGGACCAGGUUCGGCAGGACCACCAAGCCCACCGAGGAGCCCAAGGCAGAACCUGCGGGCAAGCGGCCGACGAAGACAGCUCCAGCCAACGAGCCUUACUCAGAGCCGCUGCGGUACCAGAAGGGCCAGAGCCGCACGCCAGCCCAGACGGCGCCGCCCCAGUCCGACGUCGACAAGAUCGUGAGUGCGUACGGCGUUGGGCCCACGGACGACAAGGGCAUGCCGCUGUUCGGGCUGAGGGCGCUGAAGAGACGCUCGCCCGCCGUCACUGAGACGCCGAAAGAGGAGGAACCAAAGCCAGAGGAGCCAAGGAGAGCCCCCGAAUCCGACGAGGAGCGCGAUCCUUCGUCAGAGGAGAAGCCCAAGAAGGACACGUUCGAGCCCACCGACGCGUCUGGGCGGCCACUCUUCGGUCUACGCGCCCUCAAGAAGACCACGACGGAGACGACGAAGGACACGUCCACACGGGAUACUACGACAUCUGUUGUCGAGAGCAGUCGUCUUGUCUCCGGCAUCACGAAGCGAACCACGCACACAACCGAAGAGGUCAGUACCACGGAGUCACCGCGAGACUCUGACGGCUCAGAGUCCGAGCAAGACUCCCAGGCUGACAGCGACGAAGAGCAGUCGCCAGAGGAACACGACUCGGAUGAAGAGGAGACUUCGCCAGGACUCGUGAGGAACCUGCGGGACUCCUUCAAGAAGAAGACAGACGCCCCGGAAGACACCAGGUCCCCGGGGAAGGCCUCGCCGCGAAAUAAGGACACUCCUGACGAAGAGGUCAUCACCAAGAGGUCACAGCCUCUUAAGGAAAUCCUGAAGUUGCACGAAUCAAAAGUGCAAGAACCGACAUCAGCAGAGGAGUCGCCUCGGCCAAAGCCAAAGCAGAAAUUGCGUGACAACUUCGAAGCCACAGUUGAACAGCAGGAGACUCGAGUGCACAAGACCUGGGACCUGGAGACUGACCUGAGCACGAGGUCGCUCAACAUGAGGAAUAUCAUCGAGCGACACGAAACGAUCACGGCGGAGGAAGCGCCGAAACCGGAGAAGAAGUUGACUGGCAUCCUCAAGAAGACAUCCAGUUCCAACAUUCUUAUUACAGAUACGCGUGCAGAAAAGACCACGCACGCCGAGUCCGCUGACGACAUCUUGGACACCCUGACGGAGGACCAGAUCGCCAAGCUCUCCGAGGAGUUCGAUCUGCGAGCUCAAGAAGACGGGGUCAUCAAAACAAGGGAAUCAAUGGAGGAGCUAAGUACAGGAUACCGAGUUACCAGCACGACAGAAGUUGACCAUCCCGAAGGAGCCAAAUUCGAGAGGAAGACGUCCUACACUGAGAUCAAACUCCAGCAGCCCAGCAAGGAGGAGGGUACCUCUGAAGACGAUCUCAGCGAUCAUGACGUUUCUGACGAGGACAAAAAGCCGAGAGACAGAGACAUAACUGACACUUACAGACACAUAAAACACACCGCAACAGCAACUGUCAAAGACACUAAGACAUUAAAAACAACUACACAGAUUUCUAGCACCACUGUUGAUAAGUCUGAAUGGGCUGAUGUUAUUUCUGUUCAUAAGAAAACCACAAAGCAAAGUGCCAAACCGUUAGAUAAGCCAGAAAAACUAACAAAGAAACCCGGCAGACCAGCUGAAGAGGAACCAGGUAAAGAGGAGCCCGAGGAUAUUAAACGAAGACCUAGUAAGACAAGUAAGCUUGGAAGGCCAGGCGAUGAAGUGCCUGAGGAUGUAAGGGGGAAACCUGGUAAACCUGGUCGCCCAGGUGAAGAAGAACCUUCUAAGAGGAAGCCAGGCAAGCCUGGAAGGCCAGGAGAGGAAGAGCCUGAAGGCGUAAGGAGGAGACCAGGCAAGCCUGGAAGGCCAGGAGAGGAAGAGCCUGAAGAUGUAAGGAGGAGACCAGGCAAGUCUGGAAUGCCAGGAGAGGGAGAGCCUGAAGAUGUAAGAAGGAGACCAGGCAAGCCCGGAAGGCCAGGAGAGGAAGAGCCUGAAGACGUGAGGAGGAGACCAGGCAAGCCCGGAAGGCCAGGAGAGGAAGAGCCUGAAGACGUGAGGAGGAGACCAGGCAAGCCUGGAAGGCCAGGAGAGGAAGAGCCUGAAGAUGUAAGGAGGAGACCAGGCAAGCCUGGAAGGCCAGGAGAGGAAGAGCCUGAGGACGUAAGGAGGAGACCAGGCAAGCCUGGAAGGCCAGGAGAGGAAGAGCCUGAAGACGUAAGGAGGAGACCAGGCAAGCCUGGAAGGCCAGGAGAGGAAGAGCCUGAUGAUGUAAAGAGAAGACCAGGCAAGCCUGGAAGGCCAAGAGAGGAAGAGCCCGAUGGUGUAAAGAGGAAACCAGGCAAGCCUGGAAGGCCAGGAGAGGAAGAGCCUGAAGGCGUAAGGAGGAGACCAGGCAAGCCUGGAAGGCCAGGAGAGGAAGAGCCUGAAGACGUAAGGAGGAGACCAGGCAAGCCUGGAAGGCCAGGAGAGGAAGAGCCUGAUGACGUGAGGAGGAGACCAGGCAAGCCUGGAAGGCCAGGAGAGGAAGAGCCUGAAGACGUAAGGAGGAGACCAGGCAAGCCUGGAAGGCCAGGAGAGGAAGAGCCUGAUGAUGUGAGGAGGAGACCAGGCAAGCCUGGAAGGCCAGGAGAGGAAGAGCCUGAUGAUGUGAGGAGGAGACCAGGCAAGCCUGGAAGGCCAGGAGAGGAAGAGCCUGAUGAUGUGAGGAGGAGACCAGGCAAGCCUGGAAGGCCAGGAGAGGAAGAGCCUGAAGACGUAAGGAGGAGACCAGGCAAGCCUGGAAGGCCAGGAGAGGAAGAGCCUGAAGACCUAAAGAGGAGACCAAGCAAGCCUGGAAGGCCAGGAGAGGAAGAGCCUGAAGACCUAAAGAGGAGACCAAGCAAGCCUGGAAGGCCAGGAGAGGAAGAGCCUGAAGACCUAAAGAGGAGACCAAGCAAGCCUGGAAGGCCAGGAGAGGAAGAGCCUGAUGAUGUAAAGAGGAGACCAGGCAAGCCCGGAAGGCCAGGAGAGGAAGAGCCUGAAGACGUGAGGAGGAGACCAGGCAAGCCUGGAAGACCAGGAGAGGAAGAGCCUGAUGACGUGAGGAGGAGACCAGGCAAGCCCGGAAGGCCAGGAGAGGAAGAGCCUGAAGACCUAAAGAGGAGUCCAGGCAAGCCUGGAAGGCCAGGAGAAGAAGAGCCUGAUGAUGUAAAGAGGAGACCAGGCAAGCCCGGAAGGCCAGGAGAGGAAGAGCCUGAAGACCUAAAGAGGAGACCAGGCAAGCCCGGAAGGCCAGGAGAGGAAGAGCCUGAUGAUGUGAGGAGGAGACCAGGCAAGCCCGGAAGGCCAGGAGAGGAAGAGCCUGAAGACCUAAAGAGGAGACCAGGCAAGCCCGGAAGGCCAGGAGAGGAAGAGCCUGAAGACCUAAAGAGGAGACCAAGCAAGCCUGGAAGGCCAGGAGAGGAAGAGCCUGAUGAUGUAAGCAGGAGGCCAGGCAAGCCUGGAAGGCCAGGAGAGGAAGAGCCUGAAGACCUAAAGAGGAGACCAGGCAAGCCUGGAAGGCCAAGAGAGGAAGAGCCUGAAGACGUGAGGAGACCAGGCAAGCCUGGAAGGCCAGGAGAGGAAGAGCCUGAUGACGUAAACAGGAAACCAGGCAAGCCUGGAAGGCCAGGAGAGGAAGAGCCUGAAGACGUGAGGAGGAGACCAGGCAAGCCUGGAAGGCCAGGAGAGGAAGAGCCUGAAGACGUGAGGAGACCAGGCAAGCCUGGAAGGCCAGGAGAGGAAGAGCCUGAAGACGUGAGGAGGAGACCAGGCAAGCCUGGAAGACCAGGAGAGGAAGAGCCUGAAGACGUGAGGAGGAGACCAGGCAAGCCUGGAAGGCCAGGAGAGGAAGAGCCUGAAGACGUGAGGAGGAGACCAGGCAAG